AUGCUUGGUUCCUGCCAGCAGCCCGAUCCACCACUAGUGAAUGAUUGCGUGCACUAUGCCUUCCACCGGCAAGCUACCCGAACUCCCGAUGCACCAGCAAUCGCAUCCCAUGAUGCCUCCCUCUCAUACCGGCAAUUGGACGAUUACUCCAAUCGCGUCGCGUUGAUGCUCCAGGCACGAAACGUCGGCCCCGAAGUUGUGGUUCCCCUGGUUUUUGAAAAGUCGGCAUGGGCCAUUGUUGCCAUGCUUGCAGUCAUGAAGGCCGGCGGAGCCUGUGCAAACAUCAGCCCGAGCUAUCCAGUCGAGCGAACUAGCAGCAUCGUUCGACAAUGCGGCGCGUCCAUCAUCUUGACCAACGUGACCGAUGGAAGAUUGCAGGGGGUUCGAGAGGCAGACCUGAUUAACAUCACUCGUGACACAGUGACCGCGUUACCACCCCUUCCAUCCAAGGACCUGCUUCCCAUGAUUACCCCUGAGAAUGCAGCGUAUAUUUUGUUCACAUCCGGAAGCACAGGAGAGCCGAAAGGAAUUGUUGUGGAGCAUGGCUCCCUCUGCACCUGCUCUGCUGCUCAUGGCUCGAAAUGGGGGAUCAACCCUGUUCCAAUUUGCGUCCUAUACAUUCGCGUGGCGGACAUUUUCUUCUCCUUGAUGCGCGGGGCAUGUAUCUGUACCCCCUCCGAAGCGGAGCGACUGGAGAAUUUGAGUGAUACUCUCACACGACUUCAGGCCAACUGGGCGUUCUUGACUCCCUCAGUGGCCGCGACGGUCAAUCCAGCCUCCGUAACAUCGCUUCGGACUUUGCUGCUUGGAGGUGAAGCAGCCACACAUCAGAACAUCCAGAACUGGGCCGAGUCAGUAGAUCUGAUCAUCUGCACAGGCCCGGCAGAGUGCUCGGUCUACUGCAUGGGGAGCUUGCCCUGUACCAAGGACUCCGACCCUGCCAAUGUUGGUUUUCCAAUCGGCGGGCGACUUUGGGUGACCAAACCGCAGGACCCCACGGUCUUGGUUGCUCCGGGAGAGAUUGGCGAGCUGGUGAUCGAGGGUCGCAUUGUGGCCAGAGGCUAUCUCAAGAAUCCGGAAGCCACUGCAAAGUCCUUCCUCGUUGAGCCCCCGUGGCUUCCCCGAGACAAUGUGGCCUCGCAUCCGCGUCGCGUAUAUCGAACCGGCGACUUGAUUCGACAAAACGCCGAUGGGUCCUAUAACUUCAUCGGACGAUCCGACGACCAGGUGAAGGUCCGAGGCCAACGAGUGGAGCUCGGAGAGAUCGAGACCACUAUCAUACAAGCGUCGGAUUCUCUGGCUCGUGUGAAGGUGCUGUACAGCGGGCGAACAGCCCUUCGACCGCGGGAAAGUCUGACGGCAUUCGUGGAAUUCAAGAAGAGCUUCGCGGCUGCCUCUGGGCUGCCAUGUUCGGAGCCCAUCCAAAAGGAGAUCGAAUCCAUCAGAAGAGCUGUGGCAGCGAUCUUGCCGUCUUAUAUGGUCCCAAGUCAUUUCCUUUCCAUUGAAAAACUGCCGCUUACCCUCAAUGGCAAGGCGGACGUGAAGUCGUUGCGUCAAGUGUUCGCAGCGUAUGAGCAAGAACAAAUGCAAAUUGGAAAAGAUGAUAAAUCUAGCUCCGAUGCAUCCAUGACGACGAAUGAGUUACUCCUCCGCAGCCUGUGGGCCAGAGUUCUGAAAUUAAACGAGAGCUCUAUUGGACCGCAAAGCGAUUUUGUGCGGCUCGGAGGCAGCUCGCUGAGUGCCAUGGAGCUGGUCGGUGCUGCGCGUGCUGAACGACUGAAUCUGUCUUUUGGCUCGAUCUUGGAACUAUCCAAAUUGAGUGAAAUGGCUGCGGUAUGCUCUAAGCUCCCUGUGAUGUCAUGCGAUGAUGACGACGACGAUGAUGAUGAUUCUGCUGGGAUUGAAACUCCCAGCCUCUGGUCGACAUCACUCUCCGAGACUGAGUCAGACCUAUCCACUAUCUCUGCACCAUUCAGUCUGAUCGAUCCUGCAAGCCUGUCAGAGGUAAUCGCCGAAGCUGCUACUCUCUGUAAUGUCAGUCCAGAGCGAGUUCUGGACCUAUACCCGGUGACACCUCUGCAGGAAGAUCUGAUAGCUUUAAGUCAAAGCUCCCAGGACAAUUACGUCUCGACGUAUUGCAUGGAGGCUCUGCCAACCGUUGACCUAGCUCGGAUCAAGGGAGCUUGGGAACAGAUCUAUGAUGAGCUAGAAAUCCUUCGAACGCGAUUAGUCUACUUAUCUGACCGAGAUCUGGCCCUCCAGGCCGUGAUUGACGAAAAGGUGACCUGGAAAAGUGAUCGCAGUGUUGGCACAGGGUUUGAUGCAAAGAGCAUCUCGUCGUAUGGAAGUCCGUUAUCACAGCUCGCUAUUCGAGAGAGUGAUGGGAAGAUCUUCAUUGUGUGGAAUGUUCACCACAGUCUCAUUGAUGGAGUAUCCAUCUCUUUGAUAUUCAAUCGGGUGGCUGCGAUCUACCAGAACCCGUCGGCCCCAACCAGCAUUGUCCCCUUCAAGAGCUUCAUUGAGCACCAGGCCUCGCUUCCCAAGGAUGAAGCGAGGAGGUGGUGGGCAGAGUAUCUUGAUGGUGCACCAGCCUCGCAUUGGCCUCGCGAUACUGGAUCAGGUUCCAAGACUUUACGACUCGCGGCUCCAUUAAAUAGCGCCAAUCGGCCCUUUACCCUUGCAUCAUACCUGAAGACAGCAUGGGCCUACCUCAUUGGAAUGUACUCCAAUUCUUCCGAUGUAGUCUUUGGCUGUACAAACUGGGGCCGAUCUUCUUCGAUGCCGGGUGUGCUCUCCGUCGUUGGACCAACGAUCACCACCGUCCCGUACCGAAUUCAGUUCACGGGUGAUAGCAGCAUUUCGGAUAUUUUGAGUGGGGUGCAGUCUGAUUCCAUCAGGAUGGCAGCCCAAGACCACAUUGGGCUUUUGGGAAUACGAAAAUGCAGUGCGAACAUGGAAGAAGCCUGUCGGUUUCACUCUCUGCUCAUCAUUCAACCCGCCCAGCCGGCUUCUGAACUGGACUCUGUUACCCGGAUUGACAGCCUGGAUGAGACGAUAGAGUCAUACCCACUUGUCAUGGAAUGCAAAGAGCUCAAUGGCGGCGUCGAGUUGGUUCUGACCUACCAGACAGACGCAAUACCGCACCGGUUGGCACUGUCACUUCUCAGGCAAAAGUCGAAGAUACUCGAGCAUCUUCUUUCGACAAACCCCGAGACAUCUGUGACCAGUUUCAACCCUUUCACCAAAGCCGAUCUUGACAUUCCACAUGAGGGUCGUCUCUCUCUAUAUGAAUUAGGCUCAAGCUGCAUUCAUACCAAGUUCUACGGUCAAGUGCAAUCACAACCUACAGCACCGAGUGUCAACUCUACGGACGUCUCCUGGGACUACGAAACUCUGGAUAGACUAUCGACAGAUGCUGCAUACGCAUUGCUUGAGGCCGGUAUUGAUUCCUCCUCUAUUGUACCGAUCUGUUCUCCAAAGUCGCCCUGGGUCAUCGUCUCAAUGUUGGCUGUACUCAAGUCCGGUGCCACGUUUUUACCUUUGGAUGCCUCCAAUCCACCAGACCGUCUGCAACGGAUAAUUCAGCGUGUCCAACCCACGGUGAUUCUCGCACCAGCAGAACAAGCUACAUUGUUCCAGAAUACCGGGCGUUGCCUCAUUUGCCCCAGUCACCUACCAACAUUGCACAGGAAGCCUGCGCAGGCAGCACUCCCAGAGGUCAGCUCCAGUUCCCUAGCUUACAUUAUGUUUACGUCAGGUUCUACAGGUGAGCCAAAGGGAGUGGAAGUUGAGCACGCAGCAUACUGUGUCGGUGCCCUAACUCGAGCACCUCACAUUGAGCGAGGACCCGGCUCUCGGGUGUAUCAAUUCGCAUCGUAUGGCUUUGACACAAGCAUCGAAGAUAUUUUUACUACCUUAAUCACUGGUGGAUGUGUUUGCGUGGCGGGAGAGAGUGAGCGUCGCGAUGAUCUAACUGGCUCAUUCACUCGCCUGGGGGCUAAUACUCUUGAUAUCACCCCGUCUCUUGAGAGCACACUGGAUCCUGCCACCGUACCAAGUCUCCGAACUUUGAUUCUUGGCGGGGAGGCAUUGAGCUCGCCGACACUGGUAGCGAAAUGGGCGGACACCGAUGUCACCCUGAUCAACACCUAUGGUCCUACGGAAACAGCCAUUGUGACGAGUGUCAAAAACCCCAUUGUGGCUGAUGGAGAAAUCAACGACAUCGGGAUUUUACCCUGUGGGCGGGCAUGGGUCGUACACUCCCAGAACCACCAUAUUCUCCUGCCCCGAGGGGCUGUCGGCGAACUCCUCGUCGAAGGCCCAAAUAUGGCUCGUGGCUACUUUGAAGACGGGCAUCAGACUGCUCGCGCGUUUGUGACCGAUGUUGCAUGGGCCCCCACAGAAGCUCGUUUUUACAAAACCGGCGAUCUGGUCCGAUUCUCAACCACCGGCGAAAGUCUUAUAUUUGUAGGUCGGAAGGAUGCGCAGGUCAAGAUCCGUGGGCAACGUGUUGAACUUCUGGAGGUCGCUACGCAUGUGCAGCAAGCUUCUGGAGCUCUUGACGUUGUUGCUGAUUUUGUGAGCUUGGCGGAUCAAUCCCCAACAUUGCUUGCAUUCCUACGUCUCGAUCAAUCCCUACAUGAAUUCUCUGUCCUGCCAAUCACCCAAGAACUGGGGGAUCUCAUCAAACGAUGCGAGAAGAGUUUACUAGAUAAGAUCCCGAGUUAUAUGGAACUCAAAGAUACUGAUGCCAAACCAUUGAAGACGAAGGAAGAGAUUCUUCUCGCAUCGCUUUGGGCGAAAGUACUCCACCUGGAUCCACGCACGUUGCACGCCAAAUCCAACUUCUUCCGAUCCGGAGGAGACUCUCUAACUGCGAUGCGUCUCUCAGCUACUGCUCGAGGAAGGCAGAUCGAAUUGUCUGUCUCAGAGAUCUUCCGUACGCCCUCUCUUGUCGAAAUGGCUCAGCAUCUCUCGUCCACCAGUGAGGGCCAUGGCCCGGUGAAAUUGCCACCAUUGAGUCUCCUACCCUCUGGGACCGCCGUGUCGGAAAUCUUGCAGAGACAAUGGAUUGAUCUCAGCGAGGAGGAUAUUGAGGACAUAUACCCCUGUACUCCGACGCAGGAAGGUAUGAUGGCCCUCGGUGCGAAACAGCCCGGUGCAUAUGUCGCACAGUUCGAGUAUGUAUUGCAGGAAAACAUUGACAUUGGGAGACUACGAUCGGCCUGGAAUCGCGUGGUGAAAGCAAAUCCCAUUCUUCGGACUCGAAUCCUUCUUGAUCCAGUGCUGGGUUCCCUACAGCUGGUGACCCGGUCGACGUCCCCCUCUAAUAUAUCUGCGACUGGCUCGCGGACCGCGAUGACAUACGGAACGCCGCUGUUUCGGUUCGAGAUCUCGGCUGAACCCCGGGCGUCCCUCACGCUGCUGCUUCACCAUGCUGUUUUCGACGGGUUUAGUCUGGUACAGAUACAGCAGCAGGUGGUCGGCCUUUACAUGUAUCCCGAGUCAUCGCAAGAAGUGUCUUCAUUCGCUCCAUUUAUGGCUUAUCUGUCCGAGAGAGACAAAGGGAAAGAGGCCUCUUACUGGAGAGCGCAGCUGUCAGGCAGUCCCUCGACCGACUUCCUGAUCCGAGCACCAUGCACUGCUCAGCCCCGCGUUGAGAAUCAUCUCUUUCACCAUCUCGAUCUCCCGUCCAACCAGUCGAAUGCUGUUAGUGAACUGGGAGUGACUAUUCCUCUCGUCCUUCGAGCUGCGUGGGCGCUCACCAUCAGCACAUUUACGUUCUCGGAAGAUCUGGUUUUCGCUGAGAUGCUCUCUGGUAGGAAUGCGUUUGUAGACGGGAUAUGGUCUCUCAACGCCCCUACAGUCACGACUGUACCGAUCCGAUGCCAGAUCAACAGGAAUUGGACAGUCCGAGAGUUCUUGGAGUCUAUCAGGCUGCAAGCCGCCGAAAUGAUUCCUUUCGAGCAAACCGGGUUGCAGAACAUCGAGAAGUAUAUUUCGCAGUCGUUGGAUGCCUCGAGUAUCCUUGUAAUCCAGCCAGAUGACUUUGACCGGUCCGAGUUCGACUCCAUGUUUGUAUCCACCGAGCCUCAGACCUUGAGUGCCCAGACGGCGGAUUACUACACCAACGAUCUUGUCCUGGAGGUGAAAAUCACCAAAGGUGGAGUGGACUUCGAGGCUAUCUACGACAGCACCCGGAUCCCAUCGAGAAUCAUGAGCUCUGUCCUGACAACCGUUGCCAGUUUGACGACGCAGAUCUUCUACGCCCAGCCAGACGAGACACUGGUGGAUUUGCGCCCAUGUCCAGUUGUUGGUAAGGAAGAACAAGCGGAGGCAGGUCACUUGAAAUCCAAUGACCCCACGGUAAACCCCUCGUUGAUAUGCGAUCUCAUUUUUCAGGGCCCUUCAUACAUGGGACAGAAACAAGCUCUGGUUUCUUGGGAGGGAACCAUGACCUUCGCCGAAUUGGACAGCAAAAGUACCAACCUGGCUCGGUAUCUUCAAUCACUUCACCUGGAAGGGGAUACUAUCGUGGUUCCGUUGCUAUUUGAGAAGUCCUUGAAUGCGAUCAUUGCCAUUCUCGCUGUCUUGAAGGCCGGGUACGCGUAUACUGCUCUGGACCCUACUCACCCUGCCGAGCGUCUCCGCGAUAUGGUGCAGCAGGUCAAAGCCCAAAUAUGCCUUGUAUCUUCAGUGCUGAGUGACAGGUUGUUGGGAGUCACGGCGACCUUGCAGGUGAUUGAUCAUUCCUUCUUGGCCUCGCUCGAGACCCUCGAGUGGAGCAGCAAGAAGCUUGACCGUCGAACAUGCUCCGCCGACAGCGCCGCAGUCAUCGUCUUUACAUCAGGGAGCACUGGGAGGCCCAAGGCGAUUGUCCUUUCUCAUGACGCCAUCACCUCGCACGCCAGACUAUUCGGCCCACAACUCCGCAUUACACGCAACAGCCGCGUUCUUUGCAACGCAGCAUGGGCGUUUGACAUCCAUGCAUUCGAGAUCCUGGUCACUCUCAUCGCCGGUGGAACAUUGUUUCUGACCAACAAAGACCGUUCUCACCUGGCUGAGCUGAUCGGCCGGUGGAAGAUCAAUUGGCUCUUCUCGACCCCAUCAGCGCUCAAGACACUCGAUGAUCCCUCUUCUGUUCCCACAUUAGAGUCCAUAGUCAUGGUUGGAGAACUUCCAUCCCGGGAGAUCUAUGAAAGAUGGUCUGAAAGCCAUCUGACCUUGAUCAAUGGGUAUGGACCUGCAGAGAACACGUUCUUCUCCACCAUGGCCGUGGUCGAACGCGGGGAUCAAGACCCAAGGAACAUUGGCUUCCCCAUCAAUACGCGAGCCUGGAUCAUGGACCCCAACAACGUCCAAAAUCCUCUGCCUCGGGGCGCGGUGGGUGAGCUCGUUGUGGCGGGACGGCAACUAGCCCAGGGCUACCUUCACAACGAGACGGCCACCAAUGCAGCUUUUGUCCCCGCACCCCCAUGCCUAGAGGGGAUCGAAGACGGCCUUAUAUACAGAACCGGAGACCUGUGUCAGUUCACCCAGGAUGGGAGUCUUUGGAUUCUCGGACGGGUUGACUCUCAGGUGAAGCUUCGUGGGCAACGCCUGGAAACAGCAGAGGUUGAACAUCAUCUGGUCAAGUCCCUCGGCAAGGAGGCAGCGGUCGAUGUUGCCACCCUUCCAUCCAAGACACAGGUCCUGCUCGCCUUUGUGAAGGUCAGUUCAAGUAACGAGCAAGGGAUCAUGGCAGUGGCUGAGAUGACUGAUGAAUUCCGCCACGCAUGCGGAGAGGCUGUGAAUGAGAUCUCCGGCUUCCUCCCGAAUUACAUGGUUCCGACCCAUUUCAUCCCCAUGGCACAGCUCCCACACACUGCAUCCGACAAGCUGGACCGGAAACGACUGCGGGAAUAUGCUGCUCGGCUCUCAGAUGAGUCCAACGACCUGGAAACGUAUUCUCUCCUCCAGGUCAAGAAUCUGGUUCCGCCGGCACCAGGAGUCGAACAGGAGCUGCAGUCAUUGUGGUCCCAGUUGCUUGAGAUUGACCCGACUAAUAUUGGCGCCAAUAGUCAGUUCACGGCACUGGGCGGCAAUUCAAUCACGGCCAUCCGGCUUGCGACCAUGCUUCGCCAGAGAGGCUCUGCCGGCGGGGACUUGACGGUGGCCGACAUCCUUCAAUAUCCGGCUCUGAAAGACAUGGCCAAGCGUGUUCGGAUUCAGCAAGAAAGCCUGUUGCAGGAGAGACCCUCGCUCCUCCCGGAGGAUGAUCGGAAGGAGCUGAUUGCCUCCAUUCUCUCAGAGAACAACGGUGACUUCUCGUCGGAAACUGAUAUUGAGGAUGUAUAUCCCUGCACACCUCUCCAAGCACAGUUCAUGCACGCCACACUACAAAGCUCCCAUGCGUACAUCAGCCACCAUAUCUUCUCUGUCAAACCUGGCAUCGAUGGGGACAGACUUGCCAAGGCGUGGCACACGGUCAUUAACCGACACAGCAUAUUCCGAACCCGAAUACUGCAGGCUGCCUCCGGCGAUCUCCUUCAGGUGGUGCGACGAACCAUGAGCUCAGAUCAGUGCUCAACUUUCCCCUCGCUAGACAGCUACUUGAAGGAUCUGACGCGCCACCUGAUGCCGUACCCAUCACCCCUUUUCAAAGUGGGCUUGAUAACCGGCGGUUCCAACACCGAGGCCGGGAAGGUGGUGAUCACUGCUCACCAUUCAGCUUUUGAUGCCUGGACACUCGAAAAGCUUCCGAGAGAAGUCACCGAUGCCUACAUGGAUCGGGAGUCGGACGAGGCUGUCCCAUUCAGCAAGGUCGUACAACUGGUGCGCUCGGAGAAUGCCGAAAGCCUGAAAUUCUGGAAGGAAUACCUCGCAGGAUCCGAGACCAGUCCCAUCGGCUUCACGGACAGGAGCGAGACACAUCUUUGCGAAGAGAAAACCGUGUCUGGGAGAUACGCCAUUUCUCAAUCGCCCCCGUCAAACCUGGUUUCGACUAUCACGCGAGCCGCGUGGGGUUUGGUUCUGGCUUCCUUGACUGAGUCUACAGAUGUGACCUAUGGCGUUAUUCUGAACGGCCGAACCGGCGAGAACGAGAGCGUCAUGGGGCCCACUGUCACUACGAUCCCCUUCCGAGUGAAUUGCAGUCCGCGGAAAUCUCUUGGGGAGCUGAUUCAGACACUCGAGCGUGACGGGAACCGCUUGCUACCGUUCCAGCAUAUAUCUCUCGACGAGCUGCGGAAGCUCAGCCCUGAAGCCGCGCAAGCGGUCAACUUCAACUCGAUUCUGGACAUUGAAAUGGAGAGCGCAGCGCAGCCCUGGGACGAGAGGGUUCUCGCACUGCAAUCCAGCGAGAAACUCUCCCCGGUCUCCAAUUACUACGCCAACUCAUUGAUUGUGGCCUGUCAAUUCGCCCCGAAUGAAAUGAAGGUGCAGAUCACCUUCGACAGCAACCAAGUGCCUGAGAAGACCGCUGCGCGGAUGAUCUCUCAGCUUCACCUGUUCUUCACGCAGUUGACCACUUGUGCCAAAGACACCAGAAUCCACGAGCUGGAGUUACUGGUGGAGGAGGAAAAGGCACUCAUCCGCGCUAUCAACCAGAGCGAGCUUUUGACCCCGGCGGUUCACGGAUUGAUUCACGACCUCGUGGCUCGAUCGGUGGUCCGGAAACCGACCGCAACCGCCAUUGACGCAUGGGAUGGAUCGCUGACCUAUGCCGAGUUGCACGAGAUCACCUCCAAGCUUGCUCGCCAUCUCAUCCGCCUGGGAGUGACGGUCGGCAGCAAGGUGCCUGUCUGUUUUGACAAGUCCAUCAUGGACCCGAUCACCAAGCUAGCCUGCCUCAAGGCUGGCGCCGCGUACGUCCCCCUCGAUCCCUCGCAUCCCACCGAGAGACUACGCAAGAUUGUGCAAUUUAUUGGAUCGGAUCUGCUCAUUGCGGGAGAAUCUCAACAUCAACGUUUCGAGGGCGAGGGCUUCAACAUUGUGGUCAUGGAUCGCGACUUCAUUGAUCGUUUGCCCAACGUUCAGACCCCGCUACCGAAGAACAUCCCUUCCUCCACCACGGCCAUUGUGGUGUUUACGUCUGGGUCCACCGGAAUGCCCAAGGGAGUAGAGUUGAGCCACCGUUCACUUUGCACUCUGGCUGCUGAGGUGGGGGACUCGAUGGACUUCGCCCGGCUGGCGGAGCUACGUCUGCUUCAGUUCGCAGCCUAUGCGUUUGAUGUCUCGAAUACGGAAACAUUCCUGACGCUCAUCUUCGGCGGCACCCUUUGCAUCGUCCCGGAUCACGAGAGAAUGAACCAUCUUGCCGAGGCUGUGAACCGACUUCGCAUCAACUGGCUCUUUCUCACUCCUUCGUCCACGAAGUUGCUGCGCCCGGAGCAGGUGCCGGGCCUCCACACCCUGAUCCUCGGCGGAGAGGCCCCGACGAGUGAAAUCAUUGCUACCUGGGCACACCGCGUGCAUCUAAUCAACAGUUUCGGACCCGCCGAGGGGGGAAUCUGGCCGUCGAUGGCGCACUUCUGGCCCGGAAGCAGCCCGACCAAUAUCGGCCGCAGCGGCGCCACGAAGCUCUGGCUUGUCAGCCCGUCCGAUCACCACCAGCUGAUGGGGCCGAUGGGGAUGACCGGCGAGCUCCUCCUGGAGGGCCCGAUGCUGGCAUCCGGGUACCUCAACGAACCCGAGAAGACCGCUGCGGCGUUUGUCAGGGCCCCUCGGUGGGCCGCGGCGAUGGGGGCCAAGGGUCCGUUCUACAAGACCGGCGACCUCUGUUGCUACAACGAAGAUGGCACGAUGAGCUACGUCGGCCGGAAAGAUGCCACCGUCAAGAUCCGCGGCCAGAGGAUGGAUCUGGCCGAAGUGGAGGUGGCAAUCCACAAAGCGAGCGAGGGCACUUUGGUCGACGUCAUCGCGGAGGUUGUUCGAUUCACCGAUCGCAAAGACCCGUUCCUCGUCGCCUUCUGCGCUGACUCGGCUCCCAGCAACGGGGACCUCUGUGUCGAGCCGGCCUUCUCCGACCAGAUACGGGGCAAGCUGCAGAAGCUUCUGCCGUCGUGGAUGGUGCCCACCCUGUUCCUCGGUAUACGCAAGAUCCCCCUGACGGUCUCGGGCAAGCGGGAUCGCAAGUCCCUGCGUGAGUUGGUCUCGGGUCUCAGCUUGACGGAAAUCACCAAGCACGUUACUGGGGCGCAGGCAAGGCAGGUCACCGGCCCAACAGAGGUCGCGGUUCGGCGGGCGUGGGCGGAGGUCCUGGGGAUUGAAACGCAGCUGAUCAAUGCCUCCGACAACUUUCUGCAGCUGGGUGGUAACUCCAUUGAUGCCAUGAAGCUGGUGUGCGUUCUGAGGACGAUGGGUCUCUCCAUCACCGUCGCGAAGAUCUUCCGCAGCAAGGAUCUUUCGGACAUGGCGACCCUUUGUCACGUCCAGGAGGAGCAGACGUCCGUUCGCGCACUACCACCACCACCACCACCACUGGCUGUGGCCAAGGCAUCUUCAUCCUGCCCCAUUCCGGAUCUGCCAUCCGAGCUCCGGGACUCGAUCGCUGGAACACUCGGGGUCUCUCUGGAUCAGAUCGAGGCUGUGGGUGAGGCGGGGGACUUCCAGUCUCAUUGCUAUUACUUCGGAACGAUGGCCUCGCGUGGAACAUCCCAUUACUCCAGCAUCCACUUUCCUCAGGGGAUAGAGCCGGCGAGGUUGCAAGCGGCCUUUUCCACCCUGGUGGCUCAGACCCCGAUUCUACGCACCGCAUUCCUUCCAUACCAACAGUGCAUUCUUCAGGUGGUGUGCAGGAGGUGGGAGCUGGCCAUCGAGGUCAUCCCCGGGGGGACCACCCACGGACCAGAACGUCUCCGGGAAUGGAUCGCGGCCGAUCUCCAGAAAGAAAGCACCCUCAGCCAGCGCUGCACCCGCGGGGCGAUCCUCGAAUGCCCGGACGGCUCGAGCGUGUUUGUCUUCCAGCACUCGCAUGCGCGCAAGGACGCCUGGACCGACAACAUCCUAUUCCAGGACCUGCAGGCGAUCUACAACGGGCGGGCUGUCCCGGCCCGGCCGACCUAUCUGCAACUGUGCGAGCAUCUGCAGCGGACGACAGACCGCGAGGCAACCGCGGCAUACUGGCAGGGGCUGCUGCGCGGGUCGCAAAUGACCCCGAUCGUGGAUUCGUCUCGCCCGUCCUAUGCGAACAUCGUCAACGUCACUCUGCAAGCCCCGGCGGUGGCGGGCAACACCUCCGCGCUGGGGAUCACGACCGCGACGGUGCUCAAGGCGGCCUGGGCCCUGGUGCUGGCCGAAUUCACCCACCAGCCGGAUGUGGUCUUCGGCCACCUGACCUCGGGUCGAAGCGUAGCCUAUCCGGAGAUCGACCAGGUCCUUGGGCCUUGUGUCAAUAUCAUUCCCGUGCGUCUCCGCGCUCUGACCAACAGCCGCAGCAACGACAACAAGCGGGCGGUGGAUCUCCUCCGCGAGACGCAGCAGCAGCACAUCGACAGCCUCGAGCACGAAUGGAUGGGCGAGCGCGAGAUCGUGCGCCGCUGCACGGACUGGGCCCCCAUGACGCGAUUCAGCUCGGUGGUCCAAUAUCAGAACGUUGAGGAGGUGCAAUCGAUGCCGGACGCCGCGCACGGCGGAUCCUGGGAGGUGCGACUGCACGGGGUGGAUUGGGACUCGACGGACGUCUGGGUUCUGGCCUGGCCCGAGCCGGCCGACGACCUCGUCCAGAUCACGCUGUGCUUCUCGCCGACGCGGGUGCCCCCCUCCCUGGCGGAACGCAUGCUGGCCCGUCUGCGAGCCAUCUUCGAGACCCUCGGCCACCCCGAGCACCAGGACGCGCCGCUCCCUAUUGCUCCUGGCGGCGGCGGCCCCGCCCAGCUUCCCCUCUCCAUCACCACCCCCGCGACGGCGCAGUCAUCGUCGUCGUCGCCACAAACCCUGGAAGGGCCGCUGGCCCCGAGCACGCAAGUGGAUUCGGAGUCUGAAACCGACGCAAUCAGGUCGCUGGUUGAUCGCGCGUGGGCCUUCCUGUGGGCAUCGCCAGCACGACCAGGAGCAGCGGGCCGGGACUCCAGACUGCCGUACUACGCGCUCAGCGCCGCCCCGUGGACGGCUUCCAGUCUGGCCUUUACGUACCGACGUCACGCGAUCGACGUGUCCACUGAGGAUAUCAUCGACCAUCCGACGAUGGAAGCGCAAGUUGACUUGUUACGGGAGAGAUCCCGCUUGCUCCACGGGCGGACCAAUUGA